CAAAGAAGGCUGCGAGCAGCAGUAGCGAUGAUUCAAGUUCUAGUGAAGAUGAAGCAAAGCCAGCAGCUGUUAAAAAAGGGCCUGCUAAGCCUGUUGCUGCAAAACCAACUGCUAAAGACAGCAGCAGUGAAGAUUCAAGCUCAAGUGAAGAUGAAAAACCAGCUGUCAUGGCAGGUCCUAAAUCUGCCCAGGGAAAACCGGCUGUUGGAAAAACUGCAGAAAUCAAGACACAAGCAAAACAGGACAGUAGUAGCAGCGAUGACUCCUGUUCAAGCGAAGAUGAGACCCCUGCUAGUAAAGCCACUCCAGCUAAACCAGCAGCAGUAGCACCAGCCAAAGCUGCAGCAGUAACACCAGCAAAGAAAGCAGCUGAGAGCAGCAGCAGUGAUGACUCUAGUUCUAGCGAGGAUGAGGCUGCUGUGAAAACGCCAGUAACCAAGGCUCUACCUGUGAAGCCUGCUGCUGCCAAACCAGCUGCCAGUUCCAGCAGUGAGGACUCCAGUUCCAGUGAUGAUGAGGCCCCUGCUAGUAAAGCCACACAGGCUAAACCAGUCAUUCCAGCGAAGAAUGCAUCAACUGCUAAACCAGCAGCAGUCACAACAGCCAAGAAAGCAGCUGAGAGCAGUAGCAGUGAUGACUCAAGUUCCAGUGAAGAUGAAACUCCAGUUGUUAAGGUUGCACCAUCAAAACCAACAACAGUGACUCCUAAACCUGCUACAGUGACUCCUUCUAAACCUGCUACAGUGACACCAGCCAAGAAAGUGGCAGACAGCAGUAGCAGUGACGACUCAAGUUCCAGUGAAGAUGAAACUCCGGUUGUGAAGGCUGCACCAUCUAAACCUGCUACAGUGACUCCUAAACCUGCUACAGUGACUCCUUCUAAACCUGCUACAGUGACACCAGCCAAGAAAGCAGCAGAGAGCAGCAGUAGUGAUGACUCAAGUUCCAGUGAAGAUGAAACUCCAGUUGUGAAGGCUGCACCAUCUAAACCUGCUACAGUGACUCCUAAACCUGCUACAAUGACUCCUUCUAAACCUGCUACAGUGACACCAGCCAAGAAAGUAGCAGACAGCAGUAGCAGUGACGACUCAAGUUCCAGUGAAGAUGAAACUCCAGUUGUGAAGGCUUCACCUGUCAAAGCUGUUCUCGCCAAGCCAGCUGCUGCAAAACCAGCUGACAGUUCCAGUAGCGAUGAUUCCAGUUCUAGUGAAGACGAGACCCCUGCUAAUAAAGCAACAGCUGCCAAACCAGGCAUACCAGCCAAGAAUGCCUUAACUGCUAAACCAGCAGCGAUAACACCAGCAAAGAAAGUAGCAGACAGCAGUAGCAGUGAUGACUCUAGUUCCAGUGAAGAUGAAACUUCUGCUAGUAAAGUCACACCUGCUAAACCAGCAGCAACAACACCUGCUAAACCAGCAGCAACAACACCUGCUAAACCAGCAGCAACAACACCUGCUAAACCAGCAGCAACAACACCUGCUAAACCAGUAGCAGUAACACCAGCAAAGAAAGUAGCCGAGAGUAGCAGCAGUGAUGACUCCAGCUCUAGUGAAGAUGAAACUUCAAAGAAACCUUCAACUCAACAACCUGCAAAAGUGACUCCAGCUAAAGCACCUGUAGCAGAAGAUAGCAGUAGUAGUGAAGACAGCUCUAGUGAGGAGGAGGCAAAGAAAACACUGACACAAACCAAAGUAACACCUGCUAAAAUCACACCAAAAACAGUUAAAAACACAGAAGACUCCAGUUCUAGUUCUGACUCCAGCUCGGAGGAUGAAGCCCCCACAAAGACUUUAAAUUCCUCUAGCACAAAAUCAGUUGCUACACCAAAAUCUGUUUUAAAAACACCAGCACAAAAGGCUGCCAGCAGUUCUGAAUCAUCUUCCGAAGACGAAGCCUCACUUCCCUCAACGCCCGGUCUCACCCCAGUCAUGGGAGCAAAGAAGGGUGCAGUUAUGGUUACCUCCACACCUCAUCACCCUAGCAACACGGCGGCAACGACCAAUGGGAACGUAGAAUCAGACGACUCUGGAGUCUCAUCUGGCUCCAAGGAGAAACCAGUUGUGGCUGCAAAGAACGAGAAAAAUCAGAAGAACAAUGCAGACACUACUGAUGACAGCUUUAAUACAAAUGCCAGAAGGAAGAGCAGCCCAUUCAGAAGGAUUCGUGAAGACGAGAUCACGGUGGACCCUAGACUGCAGAACAACUCAUUUGAUGCCAAGCGAGGGGCCCAGGGGUCAUGGGGUGAGAGGGCCAACAAGGAUCUGAUUGUGACGAAGGGCAAGUCGUUCCGCCAUGAGAAGACUAAGAAGAAGAGAGGCAGCUACAAGGGCGGCCCCAUAGACACAGAGGGGGUGUACUCCAUCAAGUUUGACGACUGAAAACAAUAAACAUUGGAGCCUCGUUGUGUGAUCUAGGCUUCAUGCAUUUGAGUAAGGUGUCUCCCCAGUAUUUGUAACGAUAAUUCAUGCUUUUUCUACCAUAUAAAUUGUUAAUUUAAAAUGCUCUCACAACUUCAUAGAAAUAGAUAACGACGGUUUUGAACCUAUGACCUUUGAAUCACGAUGCCGGAUAUAUUUCUGCAGGAGGAUAUCACUUCACUCUUUGACAACCGAUUCAUUGUGAUUAUUGGUGAUUCAAUCCAUAGAGCUGUCUGCAAAGACUUUGUUUUGCUUCUUCAUAAGAAUCGAUAUCUAACAGACUCAGCUUCGAUCAAAAGGGGAGUUCACCUUUUCUGGUGACAAGCUGAUGGAAGGCUUAUCAGGGCGACACUUUCUGUCUAACACGGAUUUUUGUUAAUAACAGACUUCCGUAAAAACAAAAAUUCCAUGAACAUGUGCAUCUUGCACAGGCUUAUUUUGGAUGACACGUAACGCACAUGCAUUAAGCUCAGUUGACCCAGAAUGAAGUUCAUUUAACCCUUUCAGCGCUGGAACCGAAUUUUAAAGGCCUUUGCAAACAGUUUGGAUCCAGAUGAGACGCCACAGAACGUGGCGUCUCAUCAGGAUCCAAACUGUUUGCUAUUCUGAUAGUAUUCUUUGAAAAAAAAUCUAAGAAAAUGCUUAUUUUAGAAAUUCAGCAGAGAACAUUUUAGCAGACGACAAAUUUCCCAGCAUGCAAAGGGUUAAUAAGGAGGGUCUUUUAAUAAAGAUCAAAGCAACUGGCUUGUAAAACUAUAGAAAGAAAUAUUUUGUCUUGUCCAAAAAUGCUUUUUGCUUGUCUUUGAAAGAAGACGUGCAUCUUUCAAAAUAUGAAUGCUCAUGAAAUGGAUGUGUAGUUUUCAUGGAAGGGAUGUUCAGUUUUCAUGGAAGGGAUGUGCAGGUUUCAUGGAAGGGAUGUGCAGUUUUUGUUACUAUUUGAUCAUAAGUAUUAGUUAAUGACAUUCAAAUUCAGAUUGUCCGCAUGUUGGUUGUGCAUGUAUUGACUUUAUACAGCAGAUGUUGAGUUCUGUUAUUAUGGGAAAACAUGUCAAAGAAGAAGAAAUUAAGAUAUUUAUUAUUGAUAUACCAUACCAAAAUUUGAAGAAUUGUUCAAAUUGCUCAGUGUUUGGGACAAUUUUUGUUUACUUAAAUGUUAAAAUUGUUGCAACGCUUAUUAAAUAUUGUUAAUAUUUUUGCAUUAGAUUUAUGUGUUGGAACAUUUUAUGAUGUUGCUUUUUCUUCCGUUUAUGUCUCUUACUUUUUGUGUAUUUGCAUUUCAUUUCCAUGUAAUAAUUAUUCUAUAUAUUUUUAGUGAAUGAUAAUGUUAUAUUAGAGGACUUUAUUAUCACUGCAGACAUGUUUUAUAGUUCUAUGACUUUGCAUAAGACAGAGUUGUGGAGACAUUUAUUGUCUCUUUUGAAAUCUGGAAUUUAAAUAUUGACAUUAUAUUGUUCAAGAAUGUGUUCUUACAUAGAAAUUGAUGCUGUUCUGUUUAAGGAGCUUUCUACCUUUAUGUUAUGUGGUAGAAGUGGCAUUGAAAUUUUCUAGCAAUAGCAAAUAAUUUAUCAGGCAAAAUUUUCGUCAAGUUUGCCUUAUAUUAUUGAAUUUAAAAACAUUUGUGUUGUUCAGUAAUGACAUACAUGUACAUAAAUAUUGAAGACAAUGUUAUGUUUUAAUAUAGAUAAUUAUUUGAGAUUUUCUUGUAUUAUAAAUAACCAAUCACCUUAUGAAAAUGAAGGCAUGGUUUGCCUGUUUGGAAUAAAAUUGUCAUCAUGUUUGAAGAAAAAAGUUAGUUUGUUAUUCAGUUUGAAAACAAAGUUCUAAGGGGUUAUGUUGAAUUGAUCAAUUUAUCUUUUGUUACAUAUGUUAGUUCAUUUUCCCUCUAAUAGUGCAUGAAUAAUUGAUAUCUACAUGUAUAGAUUUAGUUUUUCUUCCAAUGAGUAAUUGUGUACUGAAAGUAUUCUUUAUUGAUUGAUUGUUUUGGUCUGAACAUGGUUUACUUGUGUAUUUGUUUAUUUGUGUUCACAAUUCUUCAAAGGCUGUUAUUGUCAUUACUUUGGAGUAUUUAGGCAUUGAACUAUUUUGUAUUGUUUUGUUGAUUAUGGACAUAAUGUUUUCUUGAAUAUUUGUAAAAGGUACCUGAGAAAAAUUAAAGAUAUUGAAUUGAU